UAGAUACAGAUCAAAACCAGUGUUUAAUCCUGAAUCAGCGGGCUCUUUAGGCAGAGGGUGUUAUUUAAUCUGUGUUGGAAGUGUGUUCGUGGAGCUGUUAUUCUCUGGCAGAGAUGGUAGCUCACUUACACAGCCCCUCAGUCACUUGCCCGCUGCACUCUGGGUCUCCUAGUCUUGCCCUCUUUCACUUCCCCUGGCCUGUGAGUACAUCUUUGGCUCUUGUUAGAUGCAGUCUUUAGAAUAAAUCAAGAAGACUCUGUUCUUUUCUUUUGUAUUAAGUUUUUUAUUUCUAAGUUUUAUUGGCUUAGUGCUUUAUCAGACAGACAGACAGACACACGCACAGACCAGGGCUCUAAUAUCCUAUUGAAGGUUUCUAGAAUGUAACUGCCCUUUCCUGUGUCAUCCACCACAUCUUCUCCAACAGUCUCUGUGAAUGGGUUCCUGACAGGUUUUAUCUCUGCCUGUAUUUUCAGAUUUGGCAGUUCCUGUAUCAUUUUUAGACACUGUGGAAAUAAAUUUAAAAGAGUAUAAGAAUAAAUGGUUCUUUUUCCUAGAUAUUUUUCACCAGAAAGUUUGAAAUGGUGUGGCCCUUCCUGGCUUCUAACCACUCUACUAGUGCAUUAGUUUAGAUCAUUGUUUCUUUUCUUUGAGGGGUGUGUGUCUGUGUAUGUGGAUCUGAGGUCAGAGGUCGACCUUGGGUGUCUUCCUUACUGAAGGUGGGGCUCACCAAUUCAUGUAACCCAGCUUGUCAGUGAGCUUCAGGGGUUUGCCUUGGGAUGGGGUGAGUACAGGGCCCUUUCCCCAAAUCUCCUGUUUGUUUUCUUUUUGAGAUAGGUUUUUCUAAGUUCAGGCCUCAAAACUUCUAUGAGCUGGAAUUACAGAGCCGCCAUGGAUACUGCUAGCCAUAGCCUUGUGCUACUGCAGCAGCUGAACAUGCAGCGAGAAUUCGGCUUUCUGUGUGACUGCACAGUUGCUAUUGGGGAUGUUUACUUCAAAGCCCACAGAGCAGUACUUGCUGCCUUUUCUAACUAUUUCAAGAUGAUUUUUAUUCACCAAACAAGUGAAUGCAUAAAAAUACAACCAGCUGACAUCCAGCCCGAUAUAUUCAGCUACUUGUUGCAUAUUAUGUACACAGGAAAAGGGCCAAAACAGAUUGUGGAUCAUAGUCGUUUGGAGGAAGGGAUCCGAUUUCUUCACGCUGACUACCUUUCUCACAUCGCAACUGAAAUGAAUCAAGUGUUCUCACCAGAGACUGUGCAGACAUCAAAUUUGUAUGGUAUUCAGAUUUCAACAGCCCAGAAAACAGCUGUCAAACAAGGGCUGGAGAUCAAAGAAACUCCUCCCAGUGGCAGUGGAAACAGAGCUGCUGUCCCAGGUGACCACCCCCAGCUGCAACUCUCUCUGGCAAUUGGGCUAGAUGAUGGUGGCGGUGCAGAGCAGCAGAGGGCCCAUCCUGCUGCCCAGGCCGUGGAGGAGCACCAGAAGCCCCCAGUGUCCAUCAAACAGGAGAGAUGUGAUCCAGAGACUGUGAUCCCCCAAAGCCACUCCUCAUCCUCAUCAGAAGUGACUGGCCCCUCUUUUACAGAAAACAGUAUCAAAGUCCACUUAUGCCAUUACUGUGGGGAGCGUUUUGAAUCCCGAAGUAACCUGAGACAACACCUCCAUACCCAUGUGUCCGGAUCUCUCCCAUUUGGUGUCCCUGCUUCCAUUUUGGAAAGUAAUGACCUUGGUGAAGUGCAUCCACUUAGUGACAGCAGUGAGGCUCUUGAAUGCCGGAGGCUCAGCUCCUUCAUUGUCAAGGAGAAUGAGCAGCAGCAGCCACCGCCUGAGCACUCGAGCCGGGGUACCUCGGAGCCCUUACAGAUCAGUCAAGUAUCUUUGAUCUCCAAAGACACAGAGCCGGUAGAAUUAAACUGUAAUUUUUCUUUUUCAAGGAAAAGAAAAAUCAGUUGUACCAUCUGUGGUCAUAAAUUUCUUCGAAAGAGCCAGUUACUGGAACACAUGUAUACACACAAAGGUAAAUCCUACAGAUAUAACCGGUGCCAAAGGUUUGGAAAUUCAUUGGCCCAGAGGUUUCAGCAAUACUGUGACAGCUGGCCUGAUGUCCCCUUAAAAAGCUCUCGAUUGUCACAAGAACAUUUAGACUUGCCUUGUGCCUUAGAGUCAGAGCUCACACAAGCAGGUGUGGACACCAUCCUCGUUGAGUAGCAGCUUCUCCUGCAGAAUUUUUAUACUGAUCUUGGAGGAGAUUCAUGUGCCAUUUCUAAUCGUAAAUUAGUUACCUUCUCA